AUGUACAACGAGCCGGAAAUAACCUCCCUCACUUGCCUCAGUCCGGAUCCACACGAAGAUAACAUCAAAGAUCCCAUUCUCCACUUUCUCGGUUGCGUUGAGAUAUCAACUAGGAACGAGUUCCUCAAGGCUCCGUCGAAUGUGCAGUCACAUGAAGAGACCGCACCUGAAGGGACCGCACCUGAAACCACCGCGCACCAGCCUGAGGGAAAUCAGGAAAACAGAGACAUCAAGGACGAGGACGAAAAGCACCUUGUCCAGAAGAUUGAGGACAGCCGUAAGGCAUGGGAAGAAUCAGACGUGUACAAGGAUGGGAUCAAAGAGAUCAGAAACCAAAAGAUCAAAAAAUGGCGAAGUAGUCCCGAAGGCUCGAAUGAAGAGGACAGCGAGCCAGAGGUUAGUAUAUCGAAGGAUAAUUACUACGAUCCAGGGCGGGAUGUCAAUACCCCUUUCAUGCUGUUCAAGAAGCAGAAAGAGGCCAGCUCAAUAUAUGAGCCUGAUAACGAGACAAAGGACCCGAAAAGUUCGAUUUGGGGCACGUUUCCGAAUCAAAAAACCAACGUGCAGCGGCUGCUGUUUGACAAGGAGAAAAAGAACCUUUUGGGUGGUAGAAACGACAGUGAGAAGAUUAGGUACUUUCACAUUCCGUCCAACAACAUGCUGAUGCGACACGAAGCCCUGCUGCUGACACUGUGGCACAAAACAUCGUGCUGUUUGAAGCUCCUGGAGACUUACCUCAUGAAAGAUCCGCCAAUGCACCCCCGACGUACUCUGGACCAAGCAUACUACUGGUCCCUGAAUAACACAAAUCAUAGAGACCUCGACCAGGUCGUCUAUCGGGCUACAACGGUAGAUCCUCUCAAGUUCCAUCGGUGGAAUGUGGACCGCUCAAUCUGGACUGGCCAUGACAGCGAGGACAACAAGACAGCAAAGCAAUUGGAAAAUAUCGAGCAUGAGCCCUGUGCAGAGUGCACUGCAAAUAUUCAGAAAGUCUCCCGAGUCAUUAUGGUCGACCAGCUGUGGAUGUGGGUUUUGGACAGGAACACUAUCAUCACGUGCUUUCCUAAACGCUACGGUGCCAACAAGCAUGACACCUCGGGUAUCCACAAAUCAAUACGGAUGCGCAUCAGCGAAGGAGGGAUUUGUGUCCGUUCCGUAUUUGAUUUGGCACUGGUCAUCUUCGAGGAAUGCUCCAAUACCUUCUUUGACCGGACGCGAACUUCGGACAAACAACCACAAGUGCUUGAUGAAUUCUCUGAGGCCAUUGGAAAUAUCAUGCAUCAACAAACAGACGCCUUCGAAAGACUCUGGAGAUGGACCGAGCGAGCAAGCAAAAUGUACCGCAGGCUACCCGGCGGAGGCGUGCUCUCCGAGCUUCACAUUCCCCUUCUCGACAUCAACCCAGAGGGUAAGCUGGAAAAGGAGAUAAAAGAUAUUGUCGAGGAGCUCGGGAUCAUGACUUAUAUCAAGAAGGCGGAAAAGGAUGUUCUACAAAGCUUUGUGGACAACGCGCGCCAAAUCCUGAAUCCCGGGAAUGCAGCCGAGGCGCAAAAGCGUCCCGAGACCCCGAGUUGGUUUUGUAACAAUGCUUUUGAGCUCCUCAAAAGAGUUGAUCAGCGGAUUGCACAGCUCGAAGAACUUGAGAGGAGUGCAAAGUCGACGGCAGAAAUGGUCAAGGAUCUGUUGGAGCUCAAACAGCAGCAAGCUGGAGUGGUUCAGGCCUGGCAGUCUGUAAAAUACAGCAAUGAGGCCAUGAGACAGGGCAGAUCUAUUCUGGUUUUUACCAUCGUGACUAUCGUCUUUCUGCCGUUAUCAUUCAUGUCCAGCAUUUUCGGAAUGAACGCUAUAGAAUUUGGUGGGAGUGACAACGUGAUGCAUUUGAGGGAUCAAUUCACGUACAUGUUCUCGAUAUCGGCCGGUGUCAUCGUCUUGACCCUGUUGUUCUCAAUCAGCACAUCCGUCCGCACGCUUCUAUGGUUUGUCUUCACGCAGUCAUGCACAAGGCUCCUCGUCUGGACCGGUCUGUACCGCUACGUCUACCUUGGGAUGAACUUCACGACCGAUGGCCUCUAUGAGAAUGCGAUGAAAAUGACAGAGAGCCUGAAGUCCAAGGAGAAGGAGAAGUUUCUUACUUUUCGCAGAACGCGUAGGGAGCAAAAGGAAAAGAGAGAGCAGGCUUCGGCAGAUUCACACCAAGAUGAGUCCAACAAGAAGAAGAUGUAUGCCGAUGCUAUCGAAACCUGGGUAACAUCGCGAACGCUAGUCAUGGAGCUCGUCAAGUUCCUCGCCUUCCUGGCAGCAGUCCUGCCCGUCGCCUACGGUGCCCCCACGCAAGCCGCGAACAGCCUCCACCCGGAGAUCCUCGCCGCCAUGAAGCGCGACCUGGGGCUUGACGCCGAGCAGGCCCAUGCCCGUGUCGCUAGGGACAUCGCUGCCGCCGAGACCAUCGAGCAGCUGAAGACCGUGGCGGGUGACUCGUUCGCCGGCGCCUGGACGUCCGAGGACGGCACUCUCAACGUCGCCGUCACUGACGCAGCCCUGGCCGCCGAUGUGACUGCUGCUGGCGCCACCCCGGCUGUCGUGGCCAACAGCUUCGGCAAGCUUGAGGAGGCUAAGAAUGCUCUCGACAACAUCGACAUCGAGCAGCCCAGCACCCUCGCUGCUGGCGCCGACUCGGCCGCCUCGGGCAUCGCCGCGUACUACGUCGACGUCGCCGCCAACAAGCUCGUCCUCGAGGCUCUCGCCGACAGCACCGCCCACGCCGAGUCUCUGGCCUCGCAGGUCGGCCUCGUCGCAGGCGACACUGCCACCACCAGCAGCAGCGGUGGGUCGCUGGGAACCUUCUCGGGCUCCGUCUUCCCAGGAAGCGCUGACAUGAGCUACAUCCGCACCGUCAGCGGGACCACCCUCACCGGCACCAUCGACGGCUACGGCUCGGGCAACCUUCCCGUCUCGGGCAGCACCGCCUCGUCCACCGGCGCGAGCAUCUGCCGCUCCGGCUCCACCACCGGCGUCCACUGCGGCACGGUCCGCGCCCUGGGCGCGACGGUCAACUACUCCGAGGGCCGCGUCACCGGCCUCACCCAGACCAACGUCUGCGCCGAGCCCGGCGACUCUGGCGGCUCCUUCUACACCGGCGCCCAGGCCCAGGGUGUCACCUCCGGAGGCUCUGGCGACUGCAGCUCCGGCGGCACGACCUACUUCCAGCCCGUCAAUGAGAUCCUGUCCACCUACGGCCUCACCUUGGUCAAGGCUUAA